AUGGGCCGCGCGAAGCUCUCCAUUAAGUAUCAAGAAAACUGUAGAGCUCGCCGCGCAACUUACCUAACGCGAUUGAAAGGAUUGAAGAAGAAGGCCGGCGAGCUCUCGCUCCUCUGCGGCGUGGACGUACUAGUUGCUUCUUUUUCUUCGGAACUCAACACCCUUGAAUUCUGGCCGGAAAAUAAUACACCAGAAUUCUGCCGGAUUAGAGAACGUUACUUGAAGGAGAGCGCUCAUUACGAAGAAAAUGGAAAAAUUACCGAACAACAAAUUUCAUGUCAACCAAAGCCUUCUCCUUCCUUUCCUUUGCCGACAUUCCUUGAAGAGAAAGCAGCCAUCAAAAUCAAAUUACUAGAGGUGAGGGAGAGGAUAGAUUUCCUCCAACGCCAAAGUACAGAGGUACUGGAACGGCUUCAACCGCAGCAAGCAAUUUUCAUGCCUUCGCAGCAACAGCCGCAGUAUCUUCACCUGCAUCAGCGACUUUCCCCAUUUUUCCACUGUAUUUCUCCUCAGCUUUCUGUUGAUUUUAGUAUUCCAUUACAACAGGAUCUUCUCCAUCUUCAGCAGCCUACUCCAUUUGCACAAUCUCUUCCUCCUCGCGAACAACCUAAACAAGUUUCCCCAUCUCUUACUCCUGAACAACUCUUCUCGUAA